UUUGAAAGCGACAUUUGUCUUUAGUUGUCAAUGUGAACCGAGCAGCUGUCAUUUGAGCUAGCUUGUGUUAACUUGUUUAACGACAGUCAGUCAUUUCACAGCAGAUUUUCCCACCAUGGCUCGUGGGCAUCAAAAGAUCCAGUCCCAGCAAAAAAAUGCCAAGAAGCAGGCCGAGAUGAAGAAGGCAAAAGGACAUGACCAGAAGACAGCAGCCAAAGCAGCUCUAGUUUUCAGCUGUAGUGUAUGCAAGUCCCAGAUGCCUGAUCCAAAAACAUUCAAACAACACUUCGAAAGCAAGCACCCAAAGUCCCCUUUGCCCCCAGAACUAGAGGGAGUGGAGGCGUAAAAUGGUUCUUUCCACUUGAGUCUUACCAUGGAUACCAAAUGGAUUAUUCAGAGCAGUGUACCAAGUCUGCCCUUGUCCAUGUCUGAAAGGAGUGAUGUAAUUGUGAUGAGGCUGUUUCCUCAUUUUUGCCAACCUGCCUUUGAAGUCCUUGAUUAAAUAGAUGUGUGAUGUGUCCAACUACAAGCACAAUGUACCUCGUCAUCUCACUCCUGGUGACUUGAUUGUUUUAUGACAUUUUGUAAUACUGCUGAAAAUAAUCCAUGUGCAAGUAAAUAGACCAAAUGUGGGAUUAAUUUUCUUUAAAUAAUUGCUGUCAUAGAAUAAUGAGAAUGGGUCUACCAAACUGCCCCCAAAUCUGUCAGACAUUCUGAUCAUUGUAUUUUAUAAUGUGUAAUAAAUCAUACUAUAUUUUU